GGCACGACAGAAAAUCUGUCUAGAAAGCAUCGAGUCCUACAUCGGCGUUCAGACACGAAAGCUUCGACAGUUCCGGUGUCGCUGUCGCGUCGCGUCGCGAAAUACGUCGGAAUCCAAGGUCAGAAUGCCGGCUAUCUCCGCGAUGGAUUAUAUUUACAGUCCACGUCCUCGUUCCCAUCGACACAUCGCCGUCCGGGCCCAUAAAGCUCCGCCGAUCCCACCGUCGCCUCGCAUCCACCAUCUCCAUCUCCAAGAAAUUCGCCGCUUCGGAAACCAGCAGGAAGCCUCUCCGCAUCACCCGCGCACGCUCACGACAUGUUGAAGUUCUCCUGGAACGCCACGGACCAUGUCAAAGCCCUGGCCCCAUGCAGAUUCCUCCACGCGCCAAAGCCCGGGCUCCUCCCUUCCGGGCGGAGGGCCGCCGCCGCCGCCGUCGUCUCUUGCUAUCCGGCGAGCAAAGCCCCGACCUUGGCGGUCGUCUCCGACGGGUCGGGCCUGGUCGAGCCCUGGUCGGGCAGCUUGGUCGACCGGCUCAGGUUGGGCGGCUUGACCGAGGACGGGCUGUCGUACAAGGAGAGGUUCCUGGUGAGGUCCUAUGAGGUGGGGAUCAACAAGACGGCCACCGUCGAGACCAUGGCCAAUCUGUUGCAGGAGGUUGCGUGUAAUCAAGUUCAGAGUCUUGGAUUUUCGACUGAUGGAUUUGCGACGACCUCUACGAUGCGGAAAAUGAAUCUCAUAUGGGUAACUGCCCGUAUGCAUAUUGAAAUAUACAAAUACCCAGCUUGGAGUGAUGUGGUGGAAAUAGAGACGUGGUUUCAUGGAGAAGGCAGGAUCGGAACUAGACGAGACUGGAUACUGAAGGACUAUGCAAAUGGUCAAGUUAUUGGAAGAGCUACUAGCAAGUGGGUCAUGAUGAAUCAGGAAACUAGAAGACUUCAGAAGGUCAACGAUGAUGUUCGUGAUGAGUAUCUGAUUUUCUGUCCACGAGAAUCAAGACUAGCGUUCCCAGAGGAGAACAAUGGCAGCUUAAAAAAAAUAGCUAAGUUGGAAGACCCUGCUCAAUAUUCGAGGCUGGGGCUUGUUCCUAGACGAGUUGAUCUGGACAUGAACCAACAUGUCAACAACGUCACCUACAUCGGAUGGGUUCUGGAGAGCAUGCCUCAAGAAAUUAUUGACUCCUACGAACUGCAGACAAUCACGCUGGAUUACAGGCGUGAGUGUCAGCAUGACAAUGUUGUCGAUUCGCUCAGCAGUCAUGAACCAGAUGAGAACUUGGAGGCCAUCUCGCAGCUCAAUGGAACCAAUGGAUCGGCUGUGUAUCCGGCCACAGAAGAUUAUCGCCAGUUUCUCCACCUACUCAGGUUCUCUGGUGACGGCCUAGAAAUAAACCGUGGCCGCACCCGGUGGAGAAAGAAGCCUAUGAGGUAACUCGUUUUUGAUUGCACAUAAAAAGACCAUUUGUAUUUUGUAUUUGUCAUUCCUCAUGAGGAUUUACUGCGCCGCCAAAUCUCGCUAUUGCUUGCUUGUAGUUUUCCUUCUGCAUGGAAAACUCUGAUUGUUGUGCCAAGAAAAAAACGAGAGAAAGAUAUGUGUACUCUGCUAGUGUACUCUGCUAUGCUUAUCCGAGUUUGUAACCUAUCUUGCUGUGAGCAUAAGGUUUGUUCUUUUUUAUUUAAGAGGAGAAUUAUUAGAGGUA